CCCUAUAAAUGGCCCUGGCAGGGGACGGUCGCGGCCACCGCAGCCGGAGGAGCCGCAGCGCAAACCGUCCCGUCGGAGAUCAUGAGCUUGCAGCCGUGGGGCUAUUUAAAAGACAAUGGGCCAGAUCGCUGGCAUGAAACAUACCCAAUGGCUAAAGGGAAUAAUCAGUCACCUGUUGCAAUCCUGACCAAGGAUUCCUACAAAGACCCUGCUCUGUUGCCUUGGUUUACUGGCUAUGAUCCAGGUGCAGCUAAGACCAUAAUGAACACUGGGAAAACUUGCCGUGUUACAUUUGAUGACACUUUCGAUCGCUCAGUGCUCAGGGGAGGGCCACUCCAGGGUACUUACCGGCUGCGUCAGCUUCUCAUCCACUGGGGUUCUACAGAUGACAAAGGCUCAGAGCAUGUGGUGGAUGCACAAAGGCAUGCAGGAGAGAUUCAUUUGGUGCACUGGUAUCCUAAGUAUAGCAAUUAUGCAGAUUCUCUGAGGAAAAACACGAUGGUGUUGGCUAUCUUGGCUAUUCUUUCUGAAAGGAAAGAUCCUAAGCCAGAGAUGAAAAGAAUUCUUGAAGAAAUAGAAGCCAUUAAGACCAAGGGGAAAGAGGUUCCUUUUCAAAACUUUGAUCCAUCCAUCCUUUUCCCUCAAAAUCGGAGCUACUUCACCUACCAAGGCUCCUUCACUACGCCUCCUUGUGAAGAGUGUGUUACCUGGAUUAUUCUGAAAGAGCCGAUCACCGUCAGUGUGGACCAGAUGGAAAAGCUUCGUAGCCUAUCUAGCAACACUGCAGGUGAUCCCUAUUGUGCUUUGGUGGACAACUGGCGGCCUCUUCAGCCUCUGAAUAACAGGAUGGUAAGAUCUUCAUGCCAAUAGAAUCUUUGCUGAAGCCCAUGAUCUUCGGUUGUGAAGACCCAGGAUUCCACACUCAUGUUGUGUUCGACCUGCUGUUCUCCCUCGAGAUCUGUACUGUUGAGCUAGAAAUUCUGAGCAAUGAAACAGGACAAAUUAGAUAAAAUUAAUCAACAUUCUAGAGGGGGGAAAUCACUGGGAAAAUAUUAACUAUAUUAGAAUGGGGGAUCUCUCUCGAUAAUCUUUGUGAACACUAUGAUUUUUAUGGAAAAUUCUGUGGGUGGGUGGGAAGGUCUACAAAGAUCUCUCUCUCUCU